AUGGCGUCACGAGAAAGUAGUUGCGUCCCUCUUCGCCAUUGUAGUCUUCCCGGUAUUGUCCGUCUACCGAAGCGGUACAAAGUGGAGGAGUCCCGAUCACUCGAUAGUCGAAAAGGAAGUAUUGACCAUCUCCGAGGAACUGAAAAGAUUGCGGAACGGCUCUCAGACCUUAGCCAGGCAUUAUUAUGGAUAAAACAAGAACUGAUUUUGCUCCGCCAGCAUGAUAUCCUGUUGAAGCGUCAGUUCUGUGAUAUCCACGACACUAUUGUGUCUUUGAACAAAGCCAAGCGCAGGGCAGGAUUCCGGGAUAGACCGACAGUAACCAGUUCUAACACGAGUCUGCAGUCCAAUACGAGUUUUCAGUCCAACACCAGCAUAGACAUAACAUUGGACCUAGAAAACUAUGGAGUCAGAAGUGCCAAUAGUGUUACAGUGUUAAACGACGAGGAAUCAGAGGACGAUGAUCAAAUAGAUGAGUUCCGGCCUCGGACUUGUUCAAUGAAAACCACGCGAGAUUUAGCAGCUCUUGCGAGAAGACGUGGUAGUAAAGAACUAAUAUAA